GCGUGGCACCAUCCUCCCCAUCCCUUCCGUCAGCUCCUGGCGCUGCCGCCGCGGCCGCGCUCCCUUCCCGCCGGCGGCCCCGCGGGUUCCCCAUCAGGCGGCGCGGCCUUGCGGGCGGCACCGGGGUCCCUCCGCUCCGCCGCAUGAGGAGGCAUCGGGAUGCCGGAGUGAGGUGGAGAUGUGAGCAGAGGAUAACAGGGGCUUGCCUGAGCCUGCCUUGCCUUCAAGCGGGAGAUUAAGCACUUUGCUGCCCACACAGAGUGGGGCUCCCCCACUGCUGUCUCUCCACAUCUGGCUGCUGUGAGGCUGUAAACGAGGGCCCAGGUCCUGGCUGAGGCACAGUAGUUUGAUGGUGAUCUAAAAGUUGCCCUGUUUAAGUGCAGAGAGAGGCUCCCAGGCAAAAACAUGGCCACGAUGCUGCGUUUGGCUGCUUUUGCAGCUGUGCUGCUGUUCUUCAGGGUCACUCUGGGACUCUCCUGGGUCCAGGCCAUCCCUGCUCUCUUCAUCUUCUACCUGGCAUCCGGUGGAUGGGACUUCUUCAUUGUAUUCCUCAAGACAGUACCAAGGGAUGUCAGCACGGGGCUGGUCCUGUUGAGGGUGAAGUGGCAGGUAUGGAGGCAUGUGAGGGAGAAGAACACAAUUGCCAAGAUCUUCCAGAAGACGGCGAGGAAGUAUCCAGAGAAGACAGCACUGAUCUUCCAAGGCACAGGCGAGAGCUGGACCUUCCGUCAGCUGGACGAGUACUCCAACCAGGUGGCCAAUUUCUUCUACAGCCAAGGCUUCCGCUCGGGUGACGUGGUGGCACUUUUCAUGGAGUCCCGCAAUCAGUACGUGGGGCUGUGGCUGGGCCUGGCCAAGAUCGGGGUGGAGACGGCCCUCGUGAAUUCCCACCUGCGCUUGGAGGCCUUGCUGCACUGCAUCACCAUCUCCAGCUCCAAAGCUGUGGUUUUUGGGGUGGAAAUGAUGGAAGCAAUGCAGGAAGUGCAGCCCUCUCUGGAUAAAUCUAUCCAUUUCUUCUGGUCUGGAGAAGAAAAUCCUAAAUCCGUGCUUCCUGGUACAAAACACCUGGACCCCCUCCUGCAGAUGGCCCAGCGACACCCACCAGCUCCCCCUAAUAAGGGCUUUCUUGAUAAACUCUUCUACAUCUACACCUCUGGCACAACAGGGCUGCCCAAGGCUGCCAUUGUGGUGAACUGCCGGUAUUUCCGCAUGUCCAGCUUAGUUUUUUACGGUUUUCGGAUGAGAUCCGACGAUGUGAUGUACGACUGCCUCCCACUCUACCAUGCUGCAGGGAACAUCGUGGGGAUUGGGCAGUGCCUGCUGCAGGGCAUGACGGUUGUCAUCCGCAAGAAGUUCUCGGCCUCACACUUUUGGGAGGACUGUGUGAAAUACAACUGCACGAUCGUGCAGUACAUCGGGGAGAUCUGCCGCUACCUGCUGAACCAGCCGUACCAGGACACGGAGCGGCAGCACCGGGUGCGCAUGGCCGUGGGCAACGGGCUGCGGGCCUCCAUCUGGAGGGAGUUCAUGGCCCGCUUUGGCAUCGCCCAGGUGGCCGAGUUCUACGGGGCCACCGAGUGCAACUGCAGCCUGGGAAACUUUGACGGCAAUGUUGGCUCAUGCGGCUUCAACAGCAGGAUCCUGCCAGGUGUGUACCCCAUUGGUUUGGUGAAGGUGGAUGAAGACACUAUGGAGCUGAUCCGGGGACCAGAUGGUGUCUGUAUCAGCUGCAAACCAGGGGAGCCAGGGCAGCUGGUGGGUCGCAUUGUCAGGAGCAAUCCCCUGCAGCACUUCGAUGGCUACCUAAAUCAGUCAGCCACCAACAAGAAAAUUGCCAGGGACGUGUUUACAAAAGGGGACGCUGCCUAUCUCACAGGGGAUGUCCUGGUGAUGGACAAGUACGGCUACAUGUACUUCCGAGACCGCACCGGGGACACGUUCCGGUGGAAAGGGGAGAACGUCUCCACCACGGAGGUGGAGGGAACCCUGAGCCGCAUCCUCAACCUGACAGACGUGGUGGUUUAUGGUGUGGAGGUCCCAGGGAUUGAAGGGAGGGCAGGAAUGGCAGCCAUUGCUGACCCAGAGAACUCCUGUGACCUGGAAGACUUUUCCAGCAAGCUGAAAAAGGCCCUGCCACUGUAUGCACGUCCUGUCUUUCUGCGGUUCCUGCACGAAGUCUCCAAGACAAGCACUUACAAGUUCCAGAAGAUGGAGCUGCGGAAGCAGGGCUUUGACCCUGCGCUGGUGAAGGACAGGUUGUAUUUUCUGGACUCCAGGCAAGGCUGUUACCUGCCACUGGACCAGGCAGCAUUCAGCAGAAUCCAGUCAGGAGCCCAGAAGCUGUAACUGGUGGGGCUCGAGCAAGGCACCUCCCAAAUCCUGCUGGGGAGAGGGGACAAGACAGGCACUGGGGAAGGAAGGUGUGAUAUAAAAGGCAUGCUAGAGAUUUUAUUUGACAAGUUUUACAGAUAAGGGUUUGGGGGAACACAGAGGGGAUUGAGGGGAGGGGGUGGUCACAUACCAAAGCAUUGAUUCAUUAUGGCUUUAUUUUCUGUUUGGUACAGUGGUGGUGCUCCCAUGCCAUGGGAGGGGCAGGACCCUGGCCAGUUGAGGAGGAAUGGGGCCCUGCCAUUCCACUUUGCUUUUCCUGUCUUUCCCUACCUUUUCCUGCCUGCAUCAACCCUUCCUUGCGAAGGCCGUGGAGAGACCAGUGCUGGCCUCUUCCCCACUCCUCUAUCACCAGCCCUUCCUUGGCACAGAGACCCAGCUGGCAGAGGGAAGGUGGGUGCCAGGCACAACCCCUUCCCUCUGCUCAGCCUUGCUGGUGUUGUGUGUCUGCUGUGAAUCAGGGGAGCAGGGUAGUGUUGGGCUCAGGAGGGGGACAGGGAUGUGUUUCUGCCAUGCCUUUCUCUCUCCUGGGGAUGACAUUUCUAUUUUUCACAAUCACACGCACAUUAUAUUAUAUUAUAUUAUACAUAUAUAUAUAUGUGUGUGUGUAUAUAUAUAUAUAUAUAUAUAUGUAUGUAUGUAAACACGCUGACCUUUUUUUUUUUCAAUCUUAAUUUAUUGUCUUUACUUUUGAAUGUGUCCCGGGUUUGUGCAGUAGGUGGAGGGACAGCCCAGACCUGUCCUCUCUUGGAGAAUCCUUUUCUCUCGCAGGGAGGUGGGAUGCUCAUCUGAGACUGAUUCUCCUCUUCCAGCGUGGGUUCAACUGUAAAUGUCCUUGUGGCCUUGCUCCGUGGUGGAGGACAUGAGCAAAUCCCACUGUCUUGUGGACACUUCUCUGGGUCUUUUACUUCCAUCUUCUGUGGAUGCAGCAUUGUUUUGUGAAUCUUCUUCCUUGCAGAAAGCAAGUGGGAGAGUGGGAAGAAGGGCCCAGUUUGCCUUUGUUUAGAUGUACUCAGGAGGUAACUUGCCUGGGGAGAGAACGUCCUCUGGAGGGUGGCCUCUGUGAGAGCCUGACUUCAUGUGCUCUGCAUCCCUUCCCAUAAGAGCUCUCCCUGUCUCCAGCACCAGAGCAGGGCCCUGAACUGAAAUGUCCAUGUGAAACACCUGACUUGUGCUAUGUGAAUUCCCCAUGUUGCGUCUGACAUGAAACAGCCUCUGCUACGAUGUUCAAUUCCAGUCCUCAGAAAACAAGCAGAAAUUUCUCUUCCAGAGAAAACUCUGGGUUGGGUUUCUUUUUGGGUUGGUUUUUUUUUUUUUUUUUUAAUAAUUUGGUUUUAUGCUUUUAGCAGGAUUACUCCUUAAAAUAACAUCUGUCUUUUGUGAGGGCAGGGUGUCUGCUCUUCUAGCUGUGCUUCCACACCAACGUACCUGCCUGCCCCAAUCCGUCCCACAAUUAAACACAAGUAUGGGCCUA